CAAAACAAAGCUUCUUAUCAUUUAUCUGCAUUUAGCAAAGUACACAAAUUUAACCGAUUUUUUCCGUAAUUUUAAUCGUGUAAUCCUAUUUAAUUACUGAAGAGUCACGUGCAUUUUCCUCCUGAAUCUAUUAAUACUGUCAGUCGUUUGUGAAAACAUGUAAAGUUUUGACCAGUGUUUACUUAAUUAAAUAAGUGACUAUUACUACUUGUUAAUCUGAUUAUGAGGUUGUCUACCUUUGCCACUCAUUCAUCCCAUAGCCAGAAUCGUGAUUCAGUUUUAAUGAUUCCUUUUUUAAACUUUUCCAGUUCUGAUCCAAACUCUGUAACUAAAUUCCUUAUCAACAAUCACCACUUAAAAGUCAGUGAAGAUGAUCCAGUUCUACUCAGCCAAGAUCCUGUACACACUAAUGUCAGUGGCAUUUUUCAUCAUCUUACGACUGAACUUCUGGUUUUCACUAUUUCCAUCAUACUUCAUACCACCUGAAUAUUAUGUCAGUUCAGAGUAUGAUUUUAUCAUUGUUGGAGCUGGAACUGCAGGGUCUAUUCUGGCUGCUCGACUAUCAGAAGUAACUAAGUACAAAAUUUUAGUCCUGGAAGCAGGUCCUCGAUCUUCAUUCAUUCACAAUAUUCCUGUGAUCACCCCAUUAUUGCAGGAAUCAGACUGCGCCUGGCAGCACCGGACAACUCCGCAAGAGCAUGCAUGCAAAAGUCUUACAGACCAUGUAUGCAAAUGGCCAUCAGGAAAGGUAAUUGGUGGUUCAAGCCGGCUCAAUUUUAAUGUUUACUUACGGGGACAUAGGAAAGACUUUGAUUCAUGGUCUCCACGGAACAGCUCAGAAUGGAGUUACGAUGAUCUUCUACCUUACUUCAAGAAAUCAGAAAAUCAGAAAGGUCGAUUCAGGAAUAGUGAUGCGCAUGGGCGAACAGGACCAAUAAUUGUAGAAGAUAUACAAUAUGUAACUGGUUUCUCAAAAUCACUUUUGAAAGCAGCGCAACAACUUGGGUAUGAUGUUGUAGAUGUGAAUGAGAGAGGCGCUGGCUUUAUGGAGACGCAGGUAACGCUGAACAAAGGAGCUCGAUGGAGCAGUGAGGAAGCACUAAAUGCAAAGUUGAAAGCUUCAGGCAACCUCCGAGUGUUACCAAAUGCUGUUGUGGAAAAGAUUCUAUUUCGAAGUAAUUUUGAAGCCUACGGAGUUCUGUUCAAACUAAACGGAGUGUACGUGAAAACUCGUGCCAAAAAGUCCAUCAUUCUCUCUGCAGGGGCUGUUGGUUCUCCUAAGAUCCUGUUACUUUCUGGAAUUGGCCCUCGGAAUCACCUACAAAAUCUUAAGAUUCCAGUUAUUGUUGAUUUGCCGGUAGGAAGGAACCUCCAAGACCAUGUCACGACAGGAUUAGACAUGGUUGUAUUAGACAAACCGAUAGGCAUGGAUCUGAAGUCCUUCCUGAACCCUCUAAAUGUCUUUUACUACUUCUUUCAAGGAAAAGGAUUAUGGAGCGCUCCGGGCUGUGAGACAUUGGGUGUACUCUACACAAAUGCAGCAAAGGAUCCAAAUCGGGAGCCUCCCGAUUUGCAGUUGAUGUCUCUACCAGCCGGAGUUUCAAGUGAUGCUGGAGCAGUGGUCCGAAGAUUGAUGAGCUUUUCUGAUCAGUUUUGGGACAGCUAUUUGAAGCAGAUGUUUCCUCAUAACGUUGUCAGCGUUUGUCCUGUCCUUCUCCACCCGAAAAGCCGCGGGUUCAUUGAAUUGAGAAGCAGGAACCCAUCAGAUCCACCUGUUAUUGAUCCUAAAUAUCUUAGUCAUAAGGACGAUGUACAAGUAUUAGUGGAAGGUAUGAAACUAGUUGAGCAGCUCACAGAAACAGAAUCACUUAAAACUGACUUUGGGACAAAACUGAAUAGGAACAAAGUACCUGGCUGUGCAUCUUUGACGUUCGGUUCUGAUGAAUAUUGGGAGUGCUAUGUGCGCCAUGUCAGCCUUACAACAUAUCAUCCUGUGGGAACAUGCCGAAUGGGCUCUCAUGAUUCAGUUGUGGAUCAUACUUUAAAAGUGAAAGGUGUGGAAUCCCUGUACGUAGUAGAUGCCUCUAUCAUGCCAACCUUACCCAGUGCCAACACAAAUGCCGCAACAAUGGCCAUCGCCGAAAAAGCUGCUGACAUCAUCAAGUGGUACUGGUAUUUGCAUUUCCAGCUGUGCAAAACAUUAGAUAUAUUUCUACCCCCUGCUAAAUUCACAGAGAUCAAUAAGCUGUGAAAUUCAACUCUGUGAGAUUAUCUAGUCAAUGCAUUUAAGUCUUUUUUAAGUCUUGCUCUUGAGUCUCUAAAUCUGGGAAAUUAAAUAGAAGAGCAAAAUCAUGGAGCAAAUAUUUUUAGGCUCAAAGAUUGAGCACUUGGAGGUGGAUGAAACUUGUACAAUGAAAUAGUUUAAUUUUUUAUGUCUUCUAAUUCUAAUUCAUUCCCAAUUUUAAAUCGCCAACUCAGGUUCUGAGAUGGAAUCUAGAAUGGCAACUCUUUUUCCUAAUUUUUUCAGCAAAGUUCAAGGAGGAUUCAAGUUUGGUCACUACAUUUCACACCAAAUAAAUUUACGCACUUUAAGACUGCCAUAGAGGACCGUCUGAUGACAGUUUAGCAUUGAAAAUAAAUGCAAGAAUCAAUAUAGUGAAUCCUCUGUUUGCAGUCUAAAAGUGUGUAAAUUUAGGUAGCAUUGAUUCUAAUGAAAUGAUCUUUGAGAUAUGGCUUGGCGCGUUCGUAGGAAAAAGCCAUGUGAGUGAUUGUUUCCAUGAGACAAAAUGAUGUAUCUUAGAUCAUGAACUAAUCUAGUCCCUUUCCUAAAGUUGUUUGAAAAUUGACCAUCUUGGGAUUGUAAAUUGAACCUUCCAAAACAGGCUGUUAUAAGUUAUUAUUAUUUUUAUGGGCGGAGUUUUCUAUUUUCUUCUCUUUAUUUUUUCUUCCGUGAAUCAUUCUCUUUUAAGUCAGAUUUUUCCUUUCUAAAAAAUCGCAAACCUGUGAUAUUUUUUGUUCUUAUCAUUUUUACAAAAUUUUGUUCAAGGUAGCUCUGCAGACUUGAGUUCAGAGUUUUGCCAUCCCUUCAAUAUAUUGAUUAUUUUUGAAUUUUAGUGAUUUUUUUCUUUUCAGGAAAGAAAACCCUUUAAAAACAAGAAAUGCAGUAAUGCAUCAGGCAUUUUCCAUGACAUUCCAUUUUUUAUCCUGAAAUAAUUAUCGUUGUAAGAUUAUCAUUGUAAGACUAUCAUCAUAAUGUAUCAUUGUUGUAUCAUUGGAUUAUUUUUGUCUUUACCUUUUGUUGUAACUUUUGCGCUGCGGUGAGUUUUUCUACAAGGACCACUCCAAAAAAUGGACCACUAGACAGAGUAAAAGAUUAAGCAUUUCAGAACAUAUUGUAUCAUUAAAAUCUCACGUAGAGCGUGUUCUACAUGAAUAAACGAAUCAAAAAAUUUCAUAUUUAACUUCUAAUUGAGAAAUACGAAAUAAUGAAAGCGUGGUUUACAUUAAGCGUGCAUCGCAUUUUUCGUAAAAUUGCAAUCAGGUGUGUAAAAUAUAUUGUGGUCCCUAAUUUUGCACCCUGUCUAGUGGUACAUCGUAUGAAUGUUUUGAUAGGGUAAUACUUAUUCCUUCGGUGCCUGAAAGUUAUUACGUUUAGUGACUUGUUGAGACUCAGGGAAUCUAUGGUUGCAGCAGACAGUAAUUUACUUAACAUUCUGAAGUUAAGGCUUUGUAGCAAGUAGUUUCUGACGAUUUGAUUGUACUAACUCAUCAUUCUCUUUGUAUUAAGCAUUUUUCAGUAAAUAAGAUUCUGGGAUCUGAAAUGAAAAAAAUGUGAUCAAUUGUGUCUAACAAAAGAUAGACACCUUGGUACCAUGAUAAUUAUUUUUUUACAGUUAGUUUUAAUCGAUAUUCUGAAGGAAACAAAGAGAUCUCUCUUUUGUAGGGUCUCAAUUGAUGAGAACUUCUCAAAGUUCUUUGUUAAAAAAGAAUUUAUUCUAAAAUAAAGAGGGUCAAGGAUUGAUGCCUCCACUGAAUGGAGGUCAAGGAACAUUUUUCAAUUUCAAGAAAAACUAAAAAUGUGCAAAUCAAUUUUUUUGUGUCGUUUUCUGAUCUGAGGAACUUGGUUCCAACCUCUAGUAUACUUAAUGUUGUAGUAUAAGCACAUUUUGUGAUGCAAAUGUUUGGAGUACAUUUGUACUUUUUGAAAUUUUAUUCAUAUUAGGCAUGUAAGCCUGCAUAGCUUAAAAAGGCAGUUGUGAGGUGAAGCAAAGUAACCGGCUCUGUUACUUUUUUGAGAAAGAAAAUGAAGGCAUGUUACUCAUUAUGUACGAACAACUUUGGCUAUCUGCGAGUUAAAAAAAACCUAAGAGCGAAUCAAUCCUUCCACAUUGGACGGAACAGGUCAUUUUAUUCCUCCUCUCAACUGCUUAUAUUUGUAGUAAGGGCUGUAGUUUAAUUUUUGAAAAUUCAUUUUUUAAGAAGACAUUAUUGCUUUUAAACUUUCACAUUCAAUUCUUACGUACUUAUCACUCAAGACAAUACAUUCAUCGCAAUUAUUUUGACCAACAAUUCAUGGCUCUCCUGACAUAUUGAGUGACCCCUGUUGUUCAUGUAACUUGAUGUCAUCUUGAGCUCAUCUCUCAGUGUAGUAUGUAGUUACGCCCUUUUAUCAGCCAAGCAAUGAAUUAUUUGCUGUCUUUGGUUUAACAAUACUUAUUUAAAUGAGGUAUCAAAUUCAACCAUGAAUAUGCUACAUAAUUGCGCUGUUUUAUUCCAAUUGCUAAACUUAAAACCACAAAUCUGGGUUGGCAUUGUUGCAGACUUCUCAGUGUACUUCAUUUUUUUAAAUAAAAAAUCAAGCAA